GGUUUCCGGCCAAAAAACGUGCCGCACCGGUGAAGCUGUUGCAGGGAGGGACUUCAGGUAUUUUCCCGCCGCUGCGCGAUCCUUACUGCCCCAGUACUAUAGAGACAGCGUCCCUUCGGCUACAGCUCUGGUUCCCUAGCGCCAGGCCUCGGUCUCUCCCUCCGGCCACGCCUCCUCCUCUCCAUCAUCCCGCCCACCGGGCUCGCCCCUGCGCACCAGGGCUGCGUGCGUCUCGGGAGUCUGCGCCGUCACGUCACCUUCGUGCGACGCGUCUCGCCGUUCUGUUCGUGGCGUGUUUCGGCGGCUCCUUCAAGGAUCCGCGUGACCUUCCGCAUGUUCUACCGCACAGUCCGGGGAGGGGGCUGGCGGAGUCCAAGAACUUCUCCUUGAGGCCGGGGUGUCUCGGCGGACCCUCCGGACCCAUCGGAGACGUGAGGCAGAGUCGCUUUAUUUCUAACACCAAUUUCAAACUAUUUACCCUUGGAUAACAGUGCAAUUAUAUGAAAGUAUGGCUGGGUAUAAGCCUGUAGCGAUCCAGGCAUAUCCUGUACUUGGUGAAAAAAUCACCCAAGAUACACUGUACUGGAACAACUAUAAGACCCCUGUUCAGAUCAAGGAGUUUGGUGCAGUGUCAAAAGUAGACUUUUCUCCACAGCCUCCGUAUAAUUAUGCUGUCACAGCUUCUUCAAGGAUUCACAUUUAUGGCCGAUACUCCCAAGAACCUAUAAAAACCUUUUCACGAUUUAAAGACACAGCAUACUGUGCUACUUUUCGGCAGGAUGGUAGACUGCUUGUGGCUGGCAGUGAAGAUGGUGGCAUUCAGCUUUUUGAUAUAAGUGGGAGGGCUCCCCUCAGGCAGUUUGAAGGCCAUACUAAAGCAGUUCAUACAGUAGAUUUUACAGCUGACAAAUAUCAUGUGGUCUCUGGGGCUGAUGAUUAUACAGUUAAAUUAUGGGAUAUUCCAAACUCCAAAGAAAUUCUGACAUUCAAAGAACAUUCUGAUUAUGUGAGGUGUGGAUGUGCUAGCAAACUGAACCCAGAUCUCUUUGUAACAGGGUCAUAUGAUCACACUGUGAAGAUGUUUGAUGCACGAACAAACCAGAGUGUUAUCUCUGUUGAGCAUGGGCAGCCAGUGGAGAGUGUCCUGCUUUUUCCCUCUGGAGGUCUUCUGGUAUCAGCAGGAGGUCGUUAUGUUAAAGUCUGGGACAUGCUAAAAGGAGGACAGUUGCUAGUGUCUUUGAAAAAUCAUCAUAAAACUGUGAUGUGCUUAUGUCUGAGCAGCUCUGGACAGAGGUUACUUUCUGGCUCACUGGAUAGGAAGGUGAAAGUAUAUAGCACAACUUCCUACAAAGUAGUCCACAGUUUUGAUUAUGCAGCUUCAAUUUUGAGUCUUGCACUUGCACAUGAAGAUGAGACAAUAGUUGUAGGAAUGACCAAUGGAAUACUGAGUGUUAAACAUCGGAAAUCCGAAGCAAAGAAGGAUUCUCUUCCCAGGAGAAGAAGGCCUGCAUAUCGAACUUUUAUUAAAGGAAAAAAUUAUAUGAAACAACAGGAUGACAUUUUGAUCAACAGGCCAUCAAAGAAACACCUAGAAUUGUAUGACAGGGAUCUGAAAAACUUCCGGAUCUCUAAGGCACUUGACAGAGUCCUUGAGCCCAGUUGUGCAAUAAAGACGCCUGAGAUUACAGUUUCCAUCAUAAAGGAGCUAAAUCGAAGAGGAGUCCUUGCAAAUGCCCUUGCAGGUCGAGAUGAAAAGGAAAUCAGUCGUGUUCUUAAUUUUUUGAUAAGGAAUCUGUCCCAGCCAAGAUUUGCCCCUGUUUUGAUUAAUGCUGCCGAAAUAAUUAUUGAUAUAUAUCUACCUGUGAUUGGUCAGUCACCUGUAGUUGAUAAAAAGUUUUUGUUACUUCAAGGACUUGUAGAAAAAGAGAUUGAUUACCAAAGAGAACUACUAGAAACCUUGGGGAUGAUGGAUAUGCUUUUUGCUACCAUGACAAGGAAAGAAAGCACUUCUUUGUUGCAGCAUAAUACAUCUGAUGGAUUUCUAGAGAACAAGAAGAUUGAAUCAUAGUGUGCGCUUAACAGGACACAUAAGAACUGCUAACUUGGAAUAGAUUUGAUGCUGUUAACUACUGGGAAGAGAAUCUCUUUGAUACAUUUAAAAAAACUAUUUACAGAAGCAAUUUUAUGGAAGAGACUGGAAUAACUAUGCUUGGAAAAUAAGAACCUGUUUUUAAACAUGGUUUUCCAUGUGCUAUUUUAAAUUAUCUCAUGGCAUCUUCAGCUGGAAGAUCUUCUCAGUUGUUUUGGUCAUAGUGUAUAUCCAUCUUGGACAAGUUGACAUUAAUUUUAAUACAGCAGAGUUCUGUUUCAGCAACUAUUUCAACCGUCUCCAAGCAUUCAGAACUCUGGAGACAGUUUCAACUAGGAAUCCUGCCAAAGGAACAGGGCUUUAUUUUUCCCUUCUAUCCUGGAAAAACAACAACAACAAAACAAAUGGCAACAACAAAUUCUUUCUUCACUCUAAUUGGUGCACUUGGGAUUCCCAAGCCCCAGCUGAGUUUGCCUCCCUCUCCUUGAUGUCAUCACCUAUCCCAGGUCACAUGUUCCACCUAGCUGGUGAUUGGACUGUAUCUGUUCCAAGUGUGGCAAAUUAGUGGCCAACUCUGAAUAAUUGACUCUAGUUUGACCUGUAUUCAAAGAGUGUGAUGAGGCAGAUUUGAAUACUAAAAACUGUGCUCACCAGCCCAUGUUUCUUUUUCUUUCUGUAAUCUUGACUGUGCUUCUCAGAACAAGGUCUGCAGGUAGGCCUUACAGACCAUGUUUUUCCUCUUCCCCGAAUAUGCAGCCUUUCUACCAGCUUUUCAACUUGCUUCAGGUCAGCGGAAUGAUAACAUUUGCCAUGUCUCUUGUGAUUAAUAGCCUUUCAGCGAUUUUUAUACAUAUUGAUAAAUUUGGAGCUUAUCUUGUAGCUACCUACCUCUGAAAACCAUUUGAUCUGUGUUUAGGUUUUUUUUUUUUUCCUCUAUUCUUAACAUCAUUUUGUGUUUCAGAACCCCAAGCCAGAGUAGCUUGUUUUGGAAAAUACUUGUGUUUUUUAAAAAAAGUUCAAUGUAAAUCACAUUUUUUUAUAAAGAAAUUCAUAUUUUCUUCUUGGCUUUCUGAGAUGUAUCAAUUCCUGAUGGAUAGUCACUGGCUACUGAUUCCUAGCACACUGAUUUUACACUUGCUACCUUUUCCACCUUCCCCCAGUUCCUUAAGUAGUUAAUUAUCUGUAAGGAAAUGUCUUAGGCCAGAAGAAUUCUUAGUUAAAGGAAGAUUUUGUAAUUGCAGUCUCCUCUUAAAAUUUCAGUUCUGUGAAUUCAGAUAUAUUUUUUUAAAGCAGAAAAAAAUAUUCCUAUGUUCUGAUAAGGACAUAUGCUCAAACAGAGGGUCUGGUUUCCCCUUCAUGAAUUGAUUUAAGCAAUCAUGAAGCCCAGUGGCUUAUAAGAAACCAGGAGUUUGCUUCCCUGAGUAAUUAUGAGAUUAGUCAAGGUUAGAAACUGUCUCCAUGUUAAGAAGGGUUAAUUUAUUUAAAUAAAUUUAAAGCUUUUAAAAAAAUUUAACUUCAUAAAUAUGCUGAUAUUGGUUACUAUCAAUAGUAAGAAUGAAAGGUUGAAAUUCUACCAAAAAACUAGCUGCCAUCAACUGUCACAUGUGACAAGGGUUUUCCCAUACAUUAUUUUAUUUGAUUCUCACCACAACCAUCCAAGGUUGGUAUUCUCAAUUAUCGUUGAAUUUACUACAGUAGUUAAUUCACCCUUGAAUUCCCCCAAGCUUGAGUUCCUCAUGCCAGCACCCUGAACUGGCCUGCCUGCUGGGGCCCAAACCACUCAUUCCCUUUAACAAAACUUCACAGAGUGCUGCCGUUUUUAGAUGAGAUAGGUAACGAUUACAAAUUUUCAAAAAGGUUAGGGAACAAUUCCCAUAGCCAUCAAUACUUCAGUGUUAAGUUCAGGAAUAGUUUUUUAUAGUCAUUGGGACAAACUGUAGUAUUUGCUAUUUGAAGUAGUAUUGGAACAUAAUUGGCAUAUUACAGUAUGUAACACUGGCCUUCAUUUCCAACUUAAAAUGCCUAACAUUUUUAGACUUGUACAUUUUAGUUGAAAUGUAUUUUAAGAUCUUACAAAGCCUGCAGAAAUACUGAAAUAUGUCAGAGAACUUAGUCACUGUACAUUUAAUUUAUUAUAUUUAUAAGAGUUAAGUACUUGGGAAGGUUUUGCUUGUUGGGUCAAGCAUUUGAAGUGCUAUUGACAAAAUAUCUUAAAAGUAUAAAUGCUAUUAAACUGUUCAAAGGACUUUGGGUUGUAAAUGGGAUUGUUUAAAGAAAUUUAGUCUGUUCAACUUAAAUCAACUAUCAAACAUUAAUUAAAAGCCCCAUUUAAAAUGAUUAUUAAAAUAUAGUAGUUUAUUGAAUGGAAUGACAGACUGUAUGCUGGUGGGGAUAAUCCCUUUAUAGAGAGGGGGAAACUGAUGAUUAGAGUAGAGAGAGGGGGCCAAUUGCUGGAGCAGUGUCCUUGGAAGGGGGCGUGGGGCUGAGUGCCCAAAUGGAAUGGUUGGCUUACACAGCAAAUGAAUAGUUUGGGCAUAGUUCAAGAGGGAAGGCAGAAGAUACGGCACAGAUGUAAUUAGGUGUGUAGCUGUGGUGCUGGGGGUUUGUGGAAGUUCUUUACUAAGUUCCUUUAUGGGAAAAAACAACCAACUGAAACAGGUUGGAGAAGGAGGAGUUCAGAGGUUAGAAAGUUUGAGGAGAGAACAGAAAAUAAGUACUUCUAGGGAGGUCAAGGGCUCAUACUCUGGAGCCCUCUGCCUGGGUUUGAAUCUUGGCUCAGCCACUCGCUAGCUGUGUGCCUUUGGUCAAGUUAUUUUACCAUUUUGUAUUUCAUUUUCUUCAUCUGUUAAUCAGACAAACAAAAUCACAAAAGGUGCUUGUCAGAAUUGAGUUAAUACCUGUAAAAGUAACCUAGAAUAUUUCUGUUCACUAUUAUUGUUGGAAUGGAUGGACUAGGAAAGGAAGUAGCAUUACCAGCAGCACUAAGGCCCACAUGAGGUUAGUGCCAUGGGCUUAAAGCGGACUGUAGCUCACCAUUAGUCCACGAGGUGGCAGUACUACUUCAAAAACCAUGAGAAACCCGCUUUUUCCACAGCCCUUUCUCUGAAUCAGUUUGGUGUUGCUAAGUCAUAAGGUGAGUUCUCUCACAAAACAACCAAGAUAUUUGGUUAUUUUAAUGUUGACACAGUGGGUUCAAAAGUCAUUGAUAAUUAUUAUUAGAUGCUAGCCAGAAAUACGGAAAUAAAAUCUAACCAACGACCAUUUUGAAUUAAAGAUUAAACUUUUCAACAUUGUAGAAUAAUGGAAAGAACAUGAGCUAUGUGUUCCUGGGUAAGUCCCAGCUGCCCUGGGCCUCAGCUUCCAUAUCUGUUAAAUGGGGCUAAUAUCACUUCCCUUGCAGGAUUGUUGUGAGGAUAAAUGCAAUGAUAUACGAAAGUGUCUUACCUGCUUUACUGUGUUUUUCACAUGUUUGUGAUGAUGGAAAAUCUACUUGCCCUGCACUAUUUGGGAACUCUUUCUUAGCUUCUCUGAUUAUUAACAUCAUUUGGAUCAUUUAAGGGUUGAGUUGAAGUUUUCUAUUAUACUAGUAUAAAGGAUGUUUUUAAAAUAAAUUAAUUGUAUACACUAUUAAAUAAGGGGUGUAACUGAUUUGAGAGAGACUGCUUACAAGCAUUUUGAAAGUAAAUGGUAUGAUUUGCAUUAGGUACAAAUAAGACAGUAACCCCUUAUUCAUGAAAACAAGAUGUGAGUUCCCAUUGGAUCAUUAGUGUUAUAGUAGAAAUUUUAAGCAGAAUUAUGUGUUUAAACACAUAUAUUAAUGCAGACUUUCCUUUAUUCAAAUUAACUAUAUUAGCUGUGACUGUGUGAUGGCUGUAUCAACCAAAAGGUUGAAAAUGUGAACUGUGUGAAUUUAAUGAGGGUUGGUAAUUUUUCUAUAAACAUUACUAUAAAACA